CUGCGCAUCGAGUUCAGCGAGCUGGGCCUGCAGCUGCGGUCUUGCGGCAGGAAGACGGUGCUGCAGGGCGUGACGGGCGUGCUGCCUGCUGGCUGCGUGACCGCCAUCAUGGGCCCCUCUGGUGCGGGGAAGACCAGCUUGCUCAACGUGCUGGCCGGCAAGGCACACGCGUACGGAGUGCAGGCUGGGUCCAUCGCCAUCAAUGGCCGGCCCGACAGGCUGGAGCGCUACAAGCCCGUCAUGGGCUUUGUGCCGCAGGAUGACAUCAUGCACGCCAGCCUCACCGUGCAUGAGAACCUGCUGUUCUCGGCGCGCUACCGCCUGCCCGCACGCUGCAGCCGCGAGCAGCACACGCUCUCGGUGGAGCGCGCCAUCGCGGUGCUGCAGCUGGAGGACGUGCGGGACUGCCGGGUCGGCAACGAGGAGAAGCGGGGCAUCUCGGGAGGGCAGCGCAAGCGUGUGAAUGUUGGGCUGGAGCUGGUGGCGGACCCCUUGCUGAUGUUUUUGGAUGAGCCCACGAGCGGGCUGGAUUCGAGUGCCUCCAGCGCCCUGGUUGCAGCGCUGCAGGCAGUGAGCCGGUCGGGCGUGACUGUUGCCGCCGUGGUUCACCAGCCCUCAUGGCAGAUCUGCCAGAAAAUUGGCCACCUGCUGCUGCUGGGGAAGGGGGGGCGCACAGUGUACUGCGGCCCGAUGGCUGGCGCGCAGCCCUACUUUAAGGGGCUGGGCUUCCGGCUCCCGGAUUACCAGAAUCCAGCUGAUGCCUUCAUCGACAUCGUGAGCGGCGAGCUCGAGCGGCCUGGCCAGGUGGGCGCCGGGUGGUCAACCCCAUGCAGAUUCUGUGCGGCCCAGCUCUCAUGCUGCCACGCCGUGUGCGCGCUGCCCGCUGCAGGCCACCGCCUUGGAGUUGUUCGAUGCUUGGGAUGA